AGCAUUCCUAACAAAUUUUCAAUAUAAAUUAUCUUUUUACCUGAAAAGUUGCAAAUACUUUUCUGUAUAAAAUUACUUUCUCUUUUGUAACUGAGUGCGGUGUACUAUUACUAGUAUUAGUUGUUGUUUGUUAAUGUUGUUCAUUAUUAUUCAGUACAAAGCUACACAAAGGGCUAUCUCAGUAUCUGUACAGAUAAGGCUGUGGUUCUGACUAACUAAAUUGAAACUGAAGAUCAGGCUUCCUGUAAGAUAACCUAACUAAAAAGAAGAAUGGAGGUUUCGAGUAAAGAUAAAAUCUCCAGUUUUCAGUUGAAUGGAAUAAGAAGUGUUGGUAUUGAUGCCUCAACAAAUGAGCGUUACAGAGUCAAAUGUAAAAAGUUGAAGAAAAUGAUCAAGGGUAUUGUAUAUGAAAAUGCUGCAUUGUGUGAUGAAGUUACUCAAGUCCAAGAGAAGAUUUUAAUAGCUAAAGAAGAUAGAAGGUUUCUUUUGAAGAAAUUGAUGUUGUGCCUAGGAAUAAAAGAGGGUGCUAUGCAAGGAAGCUUGCAGCCCAAUAGUGGCUUGACAGCUUCAUCCCAAGUAUUAACAGCAUCUUCUACACCAUCAUUGUCUCAUAAUGACAGUGGAGACCUGAAAACUAAGAAAAAAAAUCCAGUGAAAAAAAAGACUACCAAAGAUGCAUGUGAAGAUGGUAUAAAAAUAAAACCCAAAAAGAAAAAACCAACAACAGAUCGACCACAAGCACAGGUUCCAUCCAGUAGUGCAGCUCAGCCUAUUUUCCCUGUACUGUUAGGAGACUUAACCGUCUAUUGCCUUGGGGAGAUAAAGUUUGACAGACCUGAAUUUCAGACAGAAAGUUUUGUAUAUCCUGCUGGCUACUGCAGUUCUCGUUCUUAUGCAAGUAUGAAGAAUCCUCAUGUACGCACUUCAUACACUUGCACUGUAACAGAUGAUGGAAAAGCUCCUAAGUUCCAGAUAAUUGCAGAAGAUUUGCCUGAUCAUCCUCUGGUGGGAACAACUCCAAGUGAAUGUCACAACCAACUGCUAAUGGCUAUAAACAAAACAUGGUGA